UACAUGGAGUUUGACUUGAACAAUGAAGGCGAGAUUGACCUCAUGUCUUUAAAGAGGAUGAUGGAGAAGAUGGGGGUCCCCAAGACGCACCUGGAGAUGAAGAAGAUGAUCUCAGAAGUGACAGGUGGGGUCAGCGACACCAUCUCCUAUCGAGACUUUGUGAACAUGAUGCUGGGCAAGCGGUCAGCUGUCCUCAGGUUAGUCAUGAUGUUUGAAGGAAAAGCCAAUGAGCGCACCCCCAAGCCAGUUGGCCCCCCUCCAGAGAGAGACAUUGCCAGCCUACCCUGAGGACCUGC